UCUCUGCACCUCAAGGAUAACAUUUCUGUCCUUUUGAUUGGCUGCCUCGCUGCUGCAAGAUUCUAACCGUCUUAUUUUGAUGAUGAAUAUGAAGGCGCGCUAAGCCGGGCUGGAGCCGUGUGUCUCCGCCGCUGUGCUCCAUUCAGAGCUCCUUCCGCUGCCUUCCUGUGCCAACCACCCCCAAAAGUUGGGAUGCUUUUCUUUACCCAGUGCUUUGGGGCUGUGUUGGAUCUCAUUCACCUCCGGUUUCAGCACUACAAGGCGAAACGGGUUUUCUCUGCUGCUGGGCAACUUGUCUGUGUGGUUAACCCCACACACAACCUAAAGUAUGUGUCCGGCAGACGGGCCAUCACUCAGAACUCCACAGAGCAAGGUAGCUUCCACCCUCUCCAUCUUCCCCACCACCACCAUCGCCACCACCGUCACCACAGCCGCCUGUGCCACCAUGCCCGCCCGCGCCACCUCCACCACCAGGAGGCAGGGCUGCACAGCGCUCAGGUGACAGCCUGCCUAUGCCCCCUCUUCUCCUGCCAGUGGGAAGGUCACCUGGAGGUGGUGGUGCCUCACCUGCGGCAGAUCCACAGGAUUGACAUCCUGCAAGGGGCCGAGAUCGUCUUCCUGGCCACGGACAUGCACCUCCCCGCGCCAGCCGACUGGAUCAUCUUGCACUCUUGCCUGGGCCACCACUUCCUGCUGGUGCUCAGGAAACAGGAACGGCACGCAGGGCACCCUCAGUUCUUCGCAACCAUGAUGCUGAUCGGGACCCCCACCCAGGCCGACUGCUUCACCUAUCGCCUGGAGCUCAACAGAAACCACAGGCGUCUCAAAUGGGAGGCCACCCCGAGAUCUGUCCUGGAGUGUGUGGACUCCGUCAUCACGGAUGGGGACUGCCUGGUUCUCAACACCUCGCUGGCUCAGCUCUUCUCUGACAAUGGCAGCCUCGCCAUCGGAAUCGCCAUCACCGCAACCGAGGUCGGCGCCACGGAUGCCGAGAUGUGAUGCCGAGAUGUGAGACCAGGAGCCGCUGGAUAUUCCCACUGCCUGUGCACCUUGAACCUCCAGCUGUCAGGACCUUCUUAUUCCCCUUCCUUCCCUCCUUCUUUUCUUUCUUUUUCCUCUCAGGUAAUUUGUGGUAUUAGUUUUCAUCUGCCCACGGGCAUUAUGUUAUGUAAACAUCUGUGAUUCAAGAUCUUGGUGUGAAAUCUGUCUUGUGUUGUUGGUAAAGUUUUGUAGAACAUUUGGGAGGUCCUACCAGAAUAGUUAUUUCCUGCCACCACCGGUCUCUUUCUCUACGGCUCCCAAAGGGAGCAAAUACCAAGAAGCAGAGCACUGGUGUUAACCGGAGGCUCAGCUUCCAAACUGCUCCUUCCUCUUCUUUUCGGCUAUUUAAGGCAGAGCCUAACUUGUCACGGCUGUCAGUCAUGAUGGAUGCCUUCCCAGGAGUCUUAGGGUCAAAGCUAAGCUGCAUGAGCAUGAGAGACAGCGUCUCCUCCACAGCGGAGUCACCUAGAGACACACUUUGUGUCAGAAGCAGUCACCUGUUCCAGGGCUGGGGACAACUGUCAGAUCCCAAACCCUCUGUUUUACAAUUUCUCCUGGCCUCGUUCCCUGGCCAUGCCAUUCCCUUUGGCUUUGCCGUUAAAGCCCAGAUGUUCUUGAUGCCUUUCUGAAAAUCGCUUUGCCUCGGGUGAGAAGCAGGAUAGGUAUGAGGCAGGAGAAAAGCUACAAGAAAAAAGAAGGCAUCCGAUUAACCUCUAACCUCUGGGAGCGCGUGCUUGCCUUGGCGAGACGUUUUAAAUACAUAAAUUAUGAAUCCAUCACUCCCCACCACCACCACGAGAGUAAUACCUUCUUGUAUCAGACAGAGAGCUGCUCUGUCCUUGAUGCUUUAUACAUAAGAGCCACCAUCAAACAGCGGGACUCCAGAAAGGAGCAGCUACGACCUCCAGCCUGAGGAGCUGACUCUGACACACGCUAGGCCUCCCCCUUUCCUCUCUAACGUGCUCUGUCGUCCUGUUCAGCACAUAAGCAUGGCUGCUUAGGAGUCAGCUCAGCAGAUGCAGAAGGAAGCCUCAGGAACCCACCUCCCCUCAGCCUCCACUCCCGACCUCUACCCCCCAGCCCCCAACUCCCAC